AUGGCGGGGCAGACCCGCCCCCUGGCGCGGCGCGCCGUGGCCCUGGCCCCCAGCCAUGGCAGGGCGAGGUGCCCUCGGCCACCGGCGCGGCGGCGAGGUGGCCCCGGCGCGGCUGCUCCCCGGCAAGGGCGCGGCUCGAUGGGCCCUCGGCGCACGGCGGCUCCACCGGCGCGAGCGGCUGCUCCCCCGGCGCCGCGGCGCUCGGGCGGGGUGGACUCCAACGCCGUCGCGGCUACAACGUCGAGCGAACUUGAGCACACCGCCUGUUUCUUCCCGUUCGCUGCCUGUGUCUUUCGCCGCCUUCCUCAGCAUCACCUCUACCACCACCAUCCCGGCGAAGCCAAUAGCAUCGCAAGCAUACCUCUUCUGGUGCGCGCGAGGCCUCCGGCGUCAGCAGCUCCAGACGAGAGGAAGGUAUACAGCUGCAGCACCCCAAAUUCCUUUCUGUGCUUCGUCAUGCUAAGGAAACUGGACAUAAUGGUUUAUCUGUGGCUCAAGUUCAUAGCAGCAUCAAAUACGGAUACAUUUUCCAAUCCAACAAUUUCAGGGACUUCUGAUCCUCUUUAUACCAACAAGAUGCAUGAUUGA